AUGGCGAGUUGUGAAACGCGCGUUUUGUUUUUUAGGGUUUAUAUCGGCAGCAUCAGUUUCGAACUUAGAGAAGAUACGAUCAAAAACGCAUUUGCUCCCUUUGGCCCGAUCAAGUCAAUAAACAUGUCCUGGGAUCCAGUGACCGGGCAUCACAAGGGCUUCGCGUUCCUCGAGUAUGAAGUACCAGAAGCAGCAACGUUGGCUCAAGAGCAGAUGAACGGCGUGCUUAUCGGCGGAAGAAACAUAAAGGUAUUUUGGGGAAAUAAUACACUUAAACUCGUCAACAAGAUGCGGUUUCAGGUUGGUCGUCCGAGCAACAUGCCCCAGGCCCAACCGAUCAUCGAAAUGAUCAUGGAAGAGGCGAAGCAGUAUAAUCGGAUAUACGUGUCAUCAAUCCACCCCGAUCUUGUCGAACAAGAUAUCAAAAGUGUUUUCGAAGCUUUUGGAAGAAUUAUCAAUGUCGAUCUACCCAAGGGUCCUCUUCAAGGGAAACAUAAGGGAUAUGCUUACAUUGAUUACGAUACCCCACAGGCUGCUGUUGAUGCUGUAGCAUCGAUGAACCUGUUCGACCUUGGAGGUCAGUAUCUUCGUGUUGGGAGGGCCAUCACUCCUCCUCAAGCGCAACAGUACAUUGUUCCGUCAUCUAACAGUACGUUACCGACUGCUGCCGCGGUUGCCGCAGCUGCCGUAACUGCAAAGAUUCAGGCGAUGGAAGUUUCUUCACCGGUAGGCGUUUUUACUGUUUUCGGUCAAGCGGCCGGUACGUCCGGUCCUGUCUUCGUUGUCCCUCCUCCCGGAGUUGCAAUCCCUCAGAUUGCUUCUCCGCGACUUUUUCCUACUGCUGAAUCGUCCAGUGCAUCUGAAGGAAGAGGUCUGUGCCGUUUUGACGUAACUCAGUAUUUUUCAGCUCAGCGCUUGUUGCAGAAUGCUUCGAACGAGCGGCAGCAGCGGCUGAUCGAUUUGGAAACCGGACAGACGCUCGCUUCACAGGAAGAUUUCAAAAUCAAAGGCAACGAGGCUAGAAAUAUCCUCAUGCACAAACUGAUGCGGCGUCAAGAGUCGUCGGUCGUGGUGUUAUUAAAUAUGGUCGGAGUAGAAGACGUCGAUGAAUACUUACAGGAAGAGGUCACAGAAGAGUGUAGCAAAUAUGGCCAUGUGCAGCAAGUAGUUAUCUAUCAGGAGAAACAAGGCGAGGACGAAGACGCCCCAGUGAUUGUUAAAAUUUUCGUUAAAUAUUCAAAUUCCCAAGAAGCCGAAAAAGCGAAGGAGACGUUUAACGGAAGAUACUUCAGCGGUCGCCAGAUCAAGGCAGAGCUGUAUGAUCAAAUGUUGUUUGAACACAAUGAUCUUUCUGGAUAA